UCGCCCCGUCUCGCCUCGCCUCGCUGCGCCAUGGCGGACGAGGGGAAGUCGUACAACGAGCAUGAUGACCGCGUCAGCUUCCCUCAAAGGAGGAGGAAAGGCCGUGGUCCUUUUCGGUGGAAAUAUGGCGAAGGGAACCGUCGGCCAGGAAGAGGAGGUGCUGGCAUGCGGGUAGCCCGCCUUGAGGACGAGGACAGAGAUGUGGCAAUGAGUGAUGCCCAGGACGGGCCCCGAGUGCGUUAUAACCCCUAUGUCCCGAGACCCAACCGUCGGGGAGGUGACGCCGCCUGGCAUGAUCGGGACCGCAUUCACGUCACUGUGCGAAGGGACAGAGCGCCCCAAGACAGAGGUGCUGCCAGCACCAGUCAGGACAGAGCAGCCAAGAACUGGUUCAAAAUUACAAUUCCUUAUGGUAGAAAAUAUGACAAGUCGUGGCUCCUGAACAUGAUUCAGAGCAAAUGCAGCGUUCCUUUUACUCCCAUUGAGUUUCACUAUGAAAACACUCGGGCCCAGUUUUUUGUGGAGGAUGCCAGCACUGCCACUGCCCUGAAGGCCGUCAACUAUAAGAUCGUGGAUCAGGAGAACCGGAGGAUAUCCAUCAUCAUCAACCCCUCAGCUCCGCCCCAGACUGUCCAGAACGAGCUGAAGCCCGAGCAGGUGGAGCAGCUAAAGCUGAUCAUGAGCAAAAGGUACGAUGGUUCCCAGCAAGCACUGGACCUCAAAGGGCUCCGCACAGACCCAGAUUUGGUGGCCCAGAACAUCGACGUAGUCCUGAACCGAAGAAGCUGUAUGGCGGCGACACUGCGGAUUAUCGAGGAGAAUAUCCCUGAGCUCUUAUCCUUGAACUUGAGCAACAACAGGCUCUUCAGGCUGGAUGAGAUGGUCACCAUCGUGCAAAAGGCCCCCAACGUGAAGAUCCUCAACCUCUCGGGAAACGAGUUGAAGUCAGAGCGGGAGCUGGACAAGAUCAAAGGCCUGAAGCUGGAGGAGCUGUGGCUGGACGGGAACCCGCUGUGCGACUCCUUCCGGGACCAGUCCACCUACAUUAGCGCCGUUCGUGAGCGAUUCCCCAAACUAUUGCGCCUGGAUGGCCAUGAGUUACCCCCGCCCAUUGCCUUUGACGUGGAGGCCCCCACGACGCUGCCGCCCUGCAAGGGAAGCUACUUCGGCACCGAGACCCUAAAGAAUCUGGUCCUGCACUUCUUACAGCAGUACUAUGCGAUCUAUGACUCCGGGGACCGACAGGGCCUCCUGGAUGCCUACCACGAUGGGGCCUGCUGCUCCCUGAGCAUCCCCUUUACGCCCCAUAACCCUGCACGAAGUAACCUAGCUGAGUACUUCAAGGACAGCAGGAAUGUGAAGAAGCUGAAAGACCCUACCCUGAGGUUUCGUCUACUGAAGCACACGCGGCUCAACGUCGUCGCCUUCCUCAAUGAGUUGCCCAAAACUCAGCAUGACAUCAAUUCCUUCGUGGUAGACAUAAGUGCCCAAACAAGCACACUGCUGUGUUUCUCCGUCAAUGGUGUCUUUAAGGAAGUGGACGGAAAGUCCCGGGACACCCUUCGAGCCUUCACCCGGACCUUCAUUGCUGUGCCCGCCAGCAAUUCAGGGUUGUGCAUCGUGAAUGACGAGCUGUUUGUACGGAACGCCAGCCCUGAUGAGAUCCAAAGAGCCUUUGCCAUGCCUGCACCCACGCCUUCCUCCAGUCCCGUGCCCACCCUCUCUCCAGAGCAGCAGGAAAUGCUGCAGGCCUUCUCCACCCAAUCCGGCAUGAACCUCGAGUGGUCCCAGAAGUGUCUUCAAGACAACAAUUGGGACUACACCAGGUCUGCCCAGGCCUUUACUCUUCUCAAGGCCAAGGACAAGAUUCCCGAAGUAGCUUUCAUGAAGUGAGCUUGAGUGGACCAGAACCCCUGUAAAUAAAUGGCCCUUGGAUAGCCUCUUUCAGUGUCGUUAUUGCCCUCUGGCCCGAGGCCACCCUGUGACUGUGACCAAGUCGGAGCAAGCCAGAGACAUGGGGAGGGCUGCCGGAUGCCGCAAGACUCCCCAUCCCUGGGAGAGUUCCAGAAGAUUGACACAGUGGUGCCAGGAUCCCAAAGAAUCCUUUGUAAAACUGACACUAAGUAGAGAACGGCAGUUGGUGCUUCGACCCCUCUCCCCAACUUUUUAAAAUAAAAACGUAUAUUGUAUUUUGU